AUGACCAGCAAUGGCCACCUCGAAGAAGGAGACUCAACCACCAUCCUCAACGCAGUCCAUUUGGUACCCAAGAAGAGUGGAGAGUACCGACAAAUAACGGACUUGAGGAAGGUCAAUCUUGGAGUGGAAACCGAUCACUUCAAGAUGGAAACACUCGAGGCGGUGGCGAAAUUCUUGAAGAAAGGGUUUUGGGCAACCAAAAUAGACCUCGCAGAAGGCUAUUUUCAUAUCCCCAUCCAUCCAAGUUCAAGAAGGUUGUUAGGGUUCAUUUGGAAAGGACAAAUAUUCCAAUAUACAGUCCUUCCAUUCGGACUCAAUCAAGCACCAUGGAUCUUCACAAAGGUGAUGAAACAAGUUGCCAAAAAGUGGCGUUCAGAAGGAAUGAUCAUCUUUAUCUACAUCGACGACAUUUUGGUGCUCGGAUGUUCUCAAGAAGAAUGUAUGGAAAUUACCUCAAGAGUCAUUCAAGACUUAAAAUGGUUAGGCUUCCUAAUCAAGGAAGAAAUGUGUACUGAUACCGACUCAACAAAUCACAUUUCUGGGAAUUCAUUUGGAUUUCCAACAAGGAUUGUUCAAAAUUCCGGAGGACAAACAACUGAUUGCAAUCCAAUCCAUCACCAAAAUACAAACAGCAUACCACCAAAGAUCCCAUCUCUCACUAAAAUGGAUCUCCCAAGUGAUUGGCAAACUUCAAUUCCUUUCGAUUGCUCUCCCAGCCAUCCCAGUGUUCCUUUGUCGUCUUCGAACCAACAUGAUGAGUGUAGUCCUUCAAAACGGAUGGAAUCACUCGAUGCUAAUCAUGAGAGGAGCAAUGAAAGAUCUGACUCAAUUACUGUCUCUAAUUCAGGAGAACAAAGGAACACUCUUCGAAAUGGAAUGGAAUCUAGUGGCCGUCAACACAGACGCAAGUCCACUCGGUUAUGGAGCCCAUUCAAAAGAGCUCACUCUCUCAGGAACGUGGAACGAAGACAUGAAAACUCACCACAUCAACAGUCUAGAAUUGAAAGCAGUCCUCAUGUUCUUUCAGACUGCCAUGACUCGUCAUGCGUAUCCACCAGGGACUCAGUUCCAUCUUCGAAUCGACAACAUGACAGCUCUUCAUUACAUACGCAAGGGUUAUGGUCGAGUCCCUCACUUGGCGAACAUUGCAAGAGCAAUUUGGACUCUCCUACUGAAACAAAAAUGGUCAAUUCCCAAGGUUUCCUACAUUCCGUCAGAAAGAAAUCAAAUCGCCGAUCAGUUGUCAAGACUCGGCCAAUGGGAAACCUCUCCAGAACUUUUCAAUCUCGUGGAGAAGAACUUUGGCCACCACGUCGUCGAUCGCUUCGCAAGUCCCAAGAAUUCACAUACGACUAUAUUCAACUCCUUUACGAAGGAAAACGACGCUCUUAUGGAACUGUGGGACGCUUCCGAGGAUCAAAGAAGUUAUUGUGCUCCCCCUCUUGGGCUGAUGUCUCAGUCCUUGCUUCAUGUUAUUCGGAGCAAAGUAAAGGCAACAUUUAUCGCUCCUAUCUGGCCCACCGCAAUUUGGUAUCCAAUCUUACUAAGGAUAUCCAAAAGGACAAUAAUGUUUCCAAAAAAUUUGCUCAGAAAUUGGCACUCGCUAUUAUCCAUUCAAUGUGGUUUUUCUCAGAGCAAUUUGAGUUUUUUCAUCACAUUCUAGUAUCCAUUUCUCGGGACAACUGUACAACAAUAAAGGUUGUUGGUUGA